GCGGGGACGGGGGGGGCGGGCGGCAGCGGUGAGAGCCGGGCCGGGCCAUGGGCAACUUGCUGGGCCCCGCCGCGCCCCGGGCCCCGCGCCGCGGGGAGCCGCUCGGCAGCCCUGGCAGCUUCGAUGAGCUGCACCGGCAGUGCAAAGAGGUGUUCCCGCAGCAGAUGGAGGGGGUGAAGCUGAUCGUCAACAAGACCCUGAGCAGCCACUUCCAGGUGACACACACAGUCCACAUGAGCAGCCUUGGCCCCUCCAACUACCACUUCAAUGCCACCUUCGUGGGUGACAAACAGCUCAGCCCCAGCGAGGUGUUCCCCACGCUGGUUGGGGACAUGGACAACAGUGGCAGCCUCAAUGCCCAGGUGCUGCACCUGCUGGCCGAGCGCAUCCGCACCAAAGCUGUCUUCCAGACUCACCAGGCCAAGUUCGUCACCUGGCAGUUCGACGGCGAGUACCGAGGGGACGACUGCACUGCCACCCUCACCCUGGGCAACCCUGACCUGCUCGGGCAGUCCGUCAUCCUGGUGGCACAUUUCCUGCAGAGCCUCACCCCCCGCCUGGUGCUGGGGGGGGAGUUGGUUUACCACCGGCGCCCUGGCGAGGAGGGUGCCAUCCUGACCCUGGCAGGCAAAUACACAGCUCACAAGUGGGUGGCGACGCUGAACGUGGGCUACGGCGGUGCCCAUGCCAGCUACUACCACCGAGCCAACGAGCAGGUGCAGGUCGGGGUGGAGCUGGAGGCCAACACUCGGCUGCAGGACACAACCUUCGCCUUCGGCUACCAACUCAGCCUGCCCCAAGGCAACGUCGUCUUCAGAGGGCUCCUGGACAGUAACUGGAGCGUCGGGGGCGUGCUGGAGAAGAGGCUGCCCCCCCUGCCCGUCAGCCUGGCGCUCGGUGCCUUCCUCAACCACUGGCGGAAUCGCUUCCACUGCGGCUUCAGCGUCACCGUGGGCUGAGGGGGGGGCCGCGGGCGCCACCAUCCUGCUCAGGGAGCCGCUGUGCUGUGCCACCCAGGUGCCAGCCGGGCCUUGCUCUCGUGCCACGGUGCCAGGGGAGCCCGUGGAGGGCGGGGGAGGGUUUGCCCCCUCGCGGCUGGGGGAUGCUCUGUGACAGCCUCCAGGCUGAGGAGCUGCAGCCGCUGGGGCCCGUGGGGGGCAUCCCUCGGCCCCGUUUUUGGCCCUCGGGGGGCAUUCCUCUGCCCUGUUUUUGGCCCUUGGGGGGCAUCCCUCGGCCCCGUUUUUGGCCCUCGGGGGGCAUUCCUCUGCCCUGUUUUUGGCCCGUGCCACCCUCCUCACCACACUACUCUCUACCCCCGCUCUGCCCUCUCCCUCCCCCGUUUCCUCCUGGUGACACAGGGCGGGGGUGGAGGGGGUGGCUCCAGGUGGUGCCCGCGGUGCCCCCGUGCCCGCGGUGCCCCUGUGCCCGUAGCCACAGAGCCUGGAAAAAUAAAAGAGCUUUACUCUGCCUGUCAA